AUGUCACCUAAAUUGAAGGACCACGGGAGUUUUAGCAUUCCAUGCUAUAUUGAAGACUUUUAUAUGGGAAGAGCUCUCUGUGACUCAGUUGCAAGCAUCAAUUUGAUGCCCUUGUCGAUUGUUAAAUGGCUUGGGUUGAAUGGUAUGAAGCUCACUAUGGUGACAUUACAGUUGGCUAAAAAAUCUUUAACAUAUAUUAAGGGGAAAAUCAAGGAUGUGGUGGUACGCAUGAAUAAAUUUUCUUUUCCAUUCAACUAUAAUAUUUUGGAUUGUGAAGUUGAUAAAGAUGUGCCCAUAAUCCUAGGACAACUAUUAUUAACCACUAGUAAAACAAUGAUUGAUGUAUCUCGAGGUGAAGUGACCAUGAGACUUAAUGGCGAUUACAUAACCUUCAGUGUUAUAGGUUACAACUCGUUCAAAGGUGCUGAAGAACGUAAUACUAUUGUGCUCUUUGAGGACAAUCAUCGUGAUGACUUUAAAGAUAAAGAUGAUAGAAAGACGUGGGUGCAUAAAUCAGUGCAGAAUGAAGUGUUUGCUGAACCAACAAUGGUGUGA